GCCUACUCGAUUAUUCCAAAAGAUUCAUGGCUCAAAAGUAAGCAAAAGUCACAGAAGUUUUACAAGAACCUGGUACAUUUUCGGUGCAAGCGUGUAUUUUCCGAAGAUGAGUUUUUCAGCUAGUUCUGUGACUGGUGCUGGUAUAUCUCUGAAAAACUUUGAAUCUCAGAGUGAGGUUGAUGAAAAGAAACGAAAACGCCAAGAAGAAUGGGAGAAAGUGCGCAAACCUGAAGAUCCAGAAGAGGCCCCAGAGCAGCCUGUAGACAACAGAUGCUUGUACGAUAAACUGGAGGAACAGCGGCUGAAAAAACAGGAGGAAUUUGAGGAAAAAGUUGCCUUCCGAAACCAGGUGAGGCGGCUAGAUGAAGACGAGGUUGACUUUCUAGACUUUUGUUCCGAGAGACAACAUGAGAUCAAUGAUGAACGGAAACAGGAAGAGAGACAAAUCAUCACGGAAAUGAAAGAUUCCCGUGUUUUGAAGAUUGAAGAGAAAGCUUCGCUCAGUAAAACUGACGACAAAAAGCAGAAAGUAGCAUCAAACCAGGGCUCGAAAAAGUCACAGAUGGCACUUUUAGCCGGAGCUGUCAAACGAAAAAGUGUUGAUGAUAAAGACUCUACCAAGAAAUUAAAGACAGAAGCUGACGACAAGGAAGAUAAACAGUCAGAAACUGCUGCAGUGCAAAGUACGCAACCACUAUCCCAACAUGCUGCAGUACAGAAUGGUGAACAUGCAUCUAAUAGGCGUUCUCCCAGUGACUGCGUGGCUAGGGUGGUGGCGGUGCUGCCCGCUGCCCUGCCAGGUAUCACAGACUACGACGACUCCAGUGACUCGCUGUCCAGCAGUAGUGACUCUGAUGUAGACUUUACUCUGUUUCCAAGGACCGCUGCAUUGGCUGGUGUGCGUCAACAAGUUCAAUAUGAGUGAUAACUGUGACUUAACAUGUUUGCCUUAUAAAAGAAUUUACAUUGUUUUAAUAAUUAUUUAAACAAAAACGUUCAAUUUUGAAUUUAUUUAUUCCAAACCAAUCUUUUGAAAUAGUCAGUUCAAUCACAGGGCAUUGUGCUUGGUUUUAGAACCAUCUCUUCAGCAUUUCUUCAAAAUGCUUGCUCUUAUAAUCCACGGUGAAAUUUAUUAUGAAUGUAUUGUGAAAAAAAAACACACACACUUCAUACUCUUGAAUCUUGGUUAUCAUAUUGGCAUGUAAGCAAGUUGGUUUUUCAGAGCAACAGAACACAUUUGUUUGCACAAUGCCUAAAGAUUUAGACAUGUUGGCAAAUGCAAAAUGUUAUUUUAUUAAAUGUUAUGUAUAAAACUUA